GCCUACCAAUAUCGAAGUACGAUAGUGCCCGAUAGGUUCAUCCAUCCAUUUUUUUUAUUUAAUUAGUUUUAAUUUAGAUUUCUAACUCUAAUUUAUUGGCGGCCCCCCACUAUCGUCGCUCCCCGCCAUCGGUACGCUGCACUUUGGUUCGGUUUCGGUUCGCAUCGGGCGUAUCGGUUCGAUUUCGAUCCUGAAGAUCAGAUCAGAAUCUGCGGAACUCAACUGCCGUGUUUUGUGUUGUGUGUGAGGAACGGAGAGGAAAACUGUCAGUGCACUCUUGAUCGGGCGGAUCGGAGAAAAUGUCGAAGAACAAGAUAAACACAACGUCCGCAACGGCGGCCAGUGACACGAAUCUAAUCGAGGUGAAAUCGAAGUUCGAUGCAGAGUUUCGGAGGUGGAGCUUCAAGCGAAAUGAGGCGGAGCAGAGCUUCGACAAAUUCGCAUCCCUCAUUGAGCAGCUGCACAAGCUGACCAACAUCCAGUUUCUCAUACUCUACAUCGAUCCGCGGGACAAUGAUCUGUUGCCGAUUAACAACGACGAUAACUUCGGCCGGGCCCUGAAAACAGCACGUCCACUUUUACGGGUCAUUGUGCAGCGAAAGGAUGAUCUUAAUGAGUACUCUGGCUUUGGAACGAUGAAACCGAGAAACCUCAUCGGCAGCAUACUGAUGGGCCAUACGCCAGUGAAGACAAAGGCGCCAUCGAUAUCCAUACCGCACGAUUUCCGUCAAGUCUCGGCCAUUAUAGAUGUGGAUAUAGUGCCGGAAACGCAUAGAAGAGUGCGGCUACUGAAGCACGGCAGCGAUAAGCCCCUGGGAUUCUACAUACGGGAUGGCACCUCUGUCAGGGUGACGGCCAGUGGGCUAGAGAAGCAGCCGGGCAUUUUUAUAUCCCGUUUGGUUCCGGGCGGUCUGGCCGAAAGUACUGGCCUGCUGGCCGUCAACGAUGAGGUGAUCGAGGUAAAUGGCAUCGAAGUGGCUGGCAAGACUCUGGAUCAAGUCACCGACAUGAUGGUGGCCAACAGCUCCAAUCUGAUAAUCACCGUGAAGCCGGCCAAUCAGCGCACACUGACGUCCACACAUCGCGGAUCCUUUUCAAGGAACAGCCAGCUGUCCAGUGGGUCACAUCACACUAAUAAUACAAACACCUCCGACGAGAUCGAGCACGACGAUCAGGACGAUAUUGUGGACUUAACGGGCGUCACCCUCGACGAGAGUCCAACGUCCACGUCAGCCGGCAAUCACAACCAUCAGCCGCCAUUAUCCUCAUCACCCUCGUCGCACCACCAGCAGGCAGCCUCCAAUGCGUCCACGAUAAUGGCCAGCGAUGUCAAGGAUGGAGUGCUGCAUUUGUAGGAUUAACCCGGCGAUACAGCACCUCCAGCAGACGCAGCCAGAACUUAAGCAACGGAAAACGCGAAUUCAUCGCUGAGAAGUGCAGAGGAUUUUCAGUUUAUCAGACUUAACUUUCCUUAAGAUCGAAUAAGUUCGUUAAACUCGAGUCAAUUAUUUAAAGUUAUACAAGUUAGGCCAACUUAUUCACAUGUACACUGAUCGCUUGUAUAUCGCUCACUUACUAAAGCGACUGUCAUAGCUCAACCAGCCAUGAUUUGAAAAGUCACCUUAUAAAAUCUAUUGGUAUUAGCCUGAAAGCCUGAUUGAUUGAGUAAACAACAUAUCGGCCAUAUCCCAUUCAUUUCUUGUUAAUCCUGGCCAUUCAAAUUUAACGUUCUGCAAAAUUUCCAGUCCGAUUGUAGGUGAGCAAUAUAUAAAACACGAUUGUAUAUACAUGUGUAAUCAUCAUACGACUUUCCUCCAUACAUUCCACGAAACACUCAAAGUCAAAGAAAACACACCUAUUCAUUUGCACGUUUUUGAAUGCAGUCUCUUGUUUUUAUCUUUUUUCCUGGCAUAUAUAUAUAUGUGUAUUUAAAUUUGUAAGAUUUACGUCUUGUUAUUAUUCUUGCUUGUUGUAUUAGACUAGAGUGAGACAGCUAGAGGAGAGAGUGAAAUAGAGAGAGGGCAUCAAAUGCUGAAGGCAGAUCAAUUUAUUUAACUUAACCAUUUGAAACGGCAAUAAUUGUAACAAAAUCACAUAUACGAGCACGAAUAAUUUAUAAAAAAAAAAAACAUUCCAUUUUAUGUACUGUGACAAGUCGGAAAAGCCUAACAAAAUUAUAUUUCCUGAUUUGUAAGCCUUGUUUUUAAUUUGAGCCGAUCAUUUUGCGUAUAUCUGCUAUGUUUUGUUUAGCUCAAUUUCUUAUUUUUUCGGCAUUACUCAUUAUAUCUGUUUAUUUUAAAAACCAUUUGUAAUUUUUAACUUUUGUUUUUUCGUCAUUGUGUCCAAUACUCGUCCAAGUUCUUUGUUGUCAUUGUCAUCACUUAGAGUUAUGGAGAAAGGAUAGAAAAACGAGGAGAUAAAGUUAACAAAACGUUAAGAUACAAACGAAACACCAACAGCGCCUUCGCCUUCAAGAGAGCAAUUCGAUACUUUUUAUAUAUAUACAAGAGAAUAUAUAAACGAAUACAAUCUAUGUUAUGUACGUACCCCUGUACACACAAUUGAAUUGAAGUCUGUGUAUUCGCUUUAGUAAAAUUGAGAAAACGCCACUCACGGCAGAUGGGAUGCAAUGCGAUCUGCUCGACUUGAAGUUAACAAUAUUAAUAUUUAUGGGUCGCAACGGGCAUAACUAACCCCAUACGAACGUGUACCCUGGGUAGAUAGCAAGAUCUAGGAUAGACAGCAGCGAAUCUGAAACUAUAACUAAAUGCGUAUCGCCGCCCAACCACUCCCCUCAUAUACCCAUUUCACAUAUACCCUUGCAUUAUCGAGAAAUCUGAACUUACAUCGAACAAAAGUCGCCAGAAUAUCCCGAUUUCCAAGCAAACGCAUGUAUAUAUAUAUAUAUACAAAAGCUAAUGUGUAUUCCCGCUAAGCAACUGAAAAGACCGAAAAGCAAAUCACGAAAGAAAACCUUAUAUUUUGAUGUAUGUAUUAUUAUUUUUUAAUAAACCUAAGAGAACUUGUAACCG